AUGGGGCUCCCAUCCCUCACUCUGGGAGGACUUGUAGAGUUGAACGCGUCCAAUCUACCUCCAUCUCAGCUAUUUGAGGUUCUAUCAAAGUAUGAAGCAGAAGCUGUUCUUCUUGCUGCCGGUAGUGGCAGUCCAGAACCUAGCGGCACCCACUCAGAGCUUCUCAGUCUGUUCUACUCGAGCUUUUUCUUCUCUCACCUUCUCACGCAACAAAAGUCCUCUAGAUCCGAAGCUCGAGCAUUGACCCACCGGUUGCCUCAGAUCCUCCAGCAACAGGAUCCAAGUAUAAAAAGCUGCAUAGCAUUAUUACGAGCUCUAUGGCAGACAGACCACGUCCAGGUGUUCCAAUUACUUCGCACGGCAUCCUGGCCAGAGGGCCUCCACCCUCUAGUACAGAGAUAUGAGCGUAAGAUAUCUCUUCAAUCGCUAAGACAUCACACGUCGGUAACCGAAUUGACCCGGUGGAUAGGAUUCUUCCAGGACCAGAGCUUGAUUGCAGUGAGCAGAUCAUACGAGGCUAUUAGACCUGAGGUUGCCGCAAGCUAUCUGGGUCUAGAUCAGGCAGCAGCAGCACAGAAUGACCCAAGCAUUAUCCAAAAGUUUACAGAAUGUGGGUGGAGAUGGGACCUAGAAUCUCGACUAUUACAUCCCGCACCGAUAAACGUGCCAUCAUCGGCUGAUAAAGGCUCAACAAAUGUGUUUCGCGACACCAUGGCCAUGCUCGGGAAUCAAGGACAUUGA